GUGUGGCGCAGUGCGUGCGGGCGGCCGCUGGAGGCGCUGGAGAGCAGCGUGGAUCCGCUCUCACCGCAGCCGAGGAAGACGCGAGCGGAGUGAUGGUGAAGCAGGACAUGCCUCCCACCGGGGGAUACGGGCCCGUAGAUUACCGGAGAAAUCUGCCCAGACGAGGCCUGUCCGGGUACAGUAUGUUCGGCGUGGGCGUGGGGCUCAUGGUGUUCGGGUACUGGAGGCUCUUCCGCUGGAACCGCGAGCGCAGACGGCUGCACAUCGAGGAGCUGGAGGCGCGCAUCUCUUUACUGCCGCUGCUGCAGGCCGAGCACGACCGCCGGACGUUACGGAUGCUCCGGGAGAAUCUGGAGGAGGAGGCGGUGAUCAUGAAGGAUGUUCCCGGCUGGAAGGUGGGUGAGAAGAUGUUCCACACGGACCGAUGGGUGUCUCCCAUCACUGAGGAGCUCUUUAACCUGCGGCCGCGAGAGGAGACGUUGCGCAAGAAGUUUGGCUUCCUGCGGUACGUGUGACUCCAGCUGUCCCAGCAUGCCCUGCUGCGGUGACUCCAGCUCUCUGCACACUGUAAAUGUGUCCAUAUUAAAUGCAUUUUUGUUUCCUCUCA